AUGUCUAUUGGGGUUCCCAUAAAAAUUUUGCAUGAGGCUGAAGGCCAUGUAAUUACGCUAGAAACUUCAAAUGGAGAAGUUUAUCGAGGAAAGUUGAUAGAGGCUGAGGACAACAUGAAUUGUCAGAUGUCUGAUUUAACGGUAACGUACCGCGAUGGUCGAGUGUCACAGCUAGAGCAUGUGUACAUCCGUGGGUCGAAGGUCCGGUUCAUGAUUCUGCCAGACAUGCUUAAGAAUGCGCCCAUGUUCAAGAACAUCCAGAAGGGAGCGGCAAAAGCCGGUGGACCACCUAAAGGCAAAGCGGCAGCUUUCAGCAGAGCUAGAGGAAGAACAGCGUUCCUUGGUCGAGGCGGUCGCGGUGGCGGAGGAAGUGGUGGAGGAGCGUUCGCGCCCCGGGGAAGAUGA